UCUCACCUGCGCAACAGAUGGACGCCAGACACAGGUGCGUUUUGAAGUCUCCAUUAUCGUAAAUGGCAGAUCGCAUCUAUGAUAAAAGUGGCUCCAGCACACAGAUUCCUCGUGGGCUUCUGCGCUCGAUAGAAAGAUUCAGGUUCAACAUGUUGGGGAGCUUGUUGGUUGCCUUGUUCUGCGGAACCGCAGUGGCCCUGAUUGAUCCUAAUCUGGACGAACAUUGGAUGGUUUGGAAGAACACUCAUGGGAAAGUCUAUCGUCACAAGAUUGAGGAGUUUAAAAGGCGCAGAAUUUGGGAGGACUAUUUCAAUAUGAUUAAGGAACAUAAUGUGGAGGCUUCCCUUGGCAUACACACAUACAAGCUGGGCAUGAAUCAUAUGGGUGACCUGGCCCCAGAGGAGAUCAUUUACAUGCUGACCAGCACUCUGGAACCUCAGGAACUGGAACUAGGCCCACGUAACCGGCCUUGGCCUCUUCAGAGGUCCGUGCCGGAGUCUGUGGAUUGUAGGGUGAAAGGUUUGGUGACUGAAGUAAAGAUGCAGGGAAGAUGUGGUUCCUGCUGGGCCUUCAGUGCUGUAGGAGCUUUGGAGGGGCAGCUGAAGAAGACCACUGGAACUUUAGUGUCCCUGAGUGCCCAGAACCUGGUAGAUUGUGCUACAAAGUACAGGACUUCCGGUUGUCACGGUGGCUUCAUGACCAAUGCCUUCCACUAUGUGAUCGACAAUCAAGGCAUUGAAUCAGAGAAGGACUAUCCAUAUGAGGACAGACAAGGCCAGUGCCAUUAUAGCCCCCGCUACCGAGCUGCUAACUGCACCAGCUACAAAUGCCUGCCAAAGGGGGAUGAACAGGCACUGUUGGAGGCUGUCGCCCACAUCGGUCCAAUUGCUGUUGCUAUUGAUGCCUCUCGGCUGACGUUCAUUUUUUACCGCAGUGGAGUGUACAGGGAUCCAAUGUGUUCCAAAGAUGUUAACCAUGGAGUGCUGCUAGUUGGCUAUGGCACCCAAAAGGGACAUGACUACUGGCUGGUUAAAAACAGCUGGAGCAAACACUAUGGUGAAAAGGGCUACAUCAAGAUUGCGAGGAACAACGGCAAUGCGUGUGGAAUUGCCCUCUACCCCUGUUACCCAAUAAUGUGAGCUUAAAGAAAAUGGCUUUUAUAUUGACUAACCUUUUGUUUUUGUGGGUUUUUUUUUUGGGAAAUGUAUUGAAUAAAUAUUUUUAUUGGCAA